AUGACCAGUCGAUCGCCCUCCUCCUCGAGAGGUUCUAGUCCUCCACCAUCCCCCAGGCGUCCUCCGCACCCUCAUCCUACCUCUCGAACUCCCUCCCAGCAUGUGCCAGUGACUCCCAGCCGACUGCGGGAGGCUACAAUGGCCAGGUCAAAAUCGAACGAAGAGGUGGGACCUGUGCCGCCAGUACUCCGGAGUGACCAAAAUAUACCAACGGUGCUUGAGCCUGAAUCUCUAUUAGAUGAUGCAGAGUCCUCGGUACAUGGCCGAAUCGAGGAGCCCUCUGCUGCAGAACUCAAUGUUAGGAGCAGACUACUGGGCAAUUACAAUCAUAAUCACAUCUGCGGACUACGCAACUGUAACCAUGGCACAUUUUCUCCCAGAGCACCGUCGCUACGGAGUGAGGACGGCAGCCUUGACAGCACCGCUGUCCCCUUUGGUGGUGUUUAUCCUGGAACGUCGGCCGACGACGGCAGCCCCCGGGACGCGGUCCAGGGUAUACUGGGAGACUCCAUCACCGACUCCCUUACGGGAAGUAAGAGCCUAAGCACGACCAGAUGGCUCGCACAGAAGCACGGUAUCAAGAGUCAGAGGUGGAUGUAUUUCUCCUACUACUUUCCAUUUCUGAAAUGGAUUCGCCAAUACCGGUGGCAGUGGUUGCGGGGAGAUAUUCUGUCUGCUUUGACAAUGGCUUCCUUUUAUAUCCCAAUAUCUCUGUCUCUCUCGUCAAACUUGGCUCACGUUCCUCCGAUCAACGGCCUCUACUCCUUUGUCUUCAAUCCAUUGAUCUAUGCGUUCCUCGGAAGCUGUCCUCAAAUGGUGGUUGGACCCGAGGCCGCAGGCUCACUUUUGGUCGGCCAAGUUGUCAAGGCUUCUAUCGAUCGUGGACAUUCAGGAGAUGAUAAUUCCAGGCUCAAUGCAGAGAUCGCUGGGGUUGUGACAGCAAUAGCGGGCUCGGUCAUCUUUAUCGCAGGACUAUGUCGGUUGGGAUUUCUCGACAGUGUGCUCAGUCGACCAUUCCUUCGAGGAUUCAUCAGUGCCAUCGGUUUUGUGAUUCUUGUUGACCAGCUUAUUCCUGAACUUGGUCUUUCAGGUGUCCAGCAGGACAAUGAAGUUGCUCAUGGAAGCAGUGCUCAGAAAUUGGCUUUCUUAGUCAAGAAUAUUGGCCAUGCUCAUGGACUGACCACGGCUGUGUCAGCAACAAGUUUUGUAAUUAUAAUGGUCUUUCGCACACUUAAACGUACUUUACAACCACGGUAUCCGUCGGUGGCCUAUUUUCCAGAUCGUUUCAUUGUCGUCGUUCUUUCAGCCAUUUUUACGUGGGCCUUCGCUUGGCACAAAAAGGGUCUGUCGAUUUUGGGCGAUAUAAAAUCAGACGCAGGAUCAGCCAUCCCAUUUCACUGGCCUUUCCAAUUCAGCCAUAUGAUUCAUAUUGAUACGGCUCUGAGUACAUCGUUCUUGAUCGCCCUUCUGGGAUUCUUCGAGUCCUCUGUGGCUGCUAAAAGUCUUGGAGAAGGGACUUCUGGCCUUAAGAACAUGACUUUGAGUGCCAAUAGGGAAAUGGUCGCCUUGGGGGCGGCUAACAUUGUUGGAGGUUGCUUCAUGGCUCUACCUGCCUUUGGCGGAUAUGGGAGAAGUAAGGUCAAUGCAUCCACUGGCGGAACGACACCUAUGAGUAGCAUCAUUUUGAGCAUGCUAACACUGGUAUGUGUCUUAUACCUAUUGCCAUACUUCUACUACAUUCCCAAAGCGGUGUUGUCGGGAAUGGUUUCAGUAGUGGCGUACUCACUCAUCGAAGAGUGUCCUCACGACAUCAAGUUCUUUUUCAAGAUUCGAGGAUGGACUGAGUUGUUCUUGAUGUUUGUUAUCUUUGUGGCAACUGUUUUCUAUUCUCUCUCCGUCGGCAUUGCGUUGGGCAUUGGACUCUCUUUACUACAACUCAUCAGGCACGCCACUAAACCUCGGAUACAAAUUUUGGGCAAAAUUCCUGGCACGACCAACCAAUUCGAAAACGCUGAACUGAACCCCGAAAACAUCGAGUACAUCGAAGGUUGUCUAAUUGUAAAGAUUCCUGAACCUCUGACAUUUGCAAACACCGGGGAAUUGAAGACGCGUCUACGGAGGCUGGAACAAUAUGGUACGAACAAGGCUCAUCCAUCGUUACCUCGAGUCCGACUCGAGGAGAAUAACAGAAACGUCAUCUUUGAUGUUCAUGGUGUCACCAAGAUUGAUGGAUCGGGGACGCAGGUGUUUGCAGAAAUAGUGGAGGAAUACGUGAAGAGAGGCAUUCGAGUUAUUUUCUGCCGCUUACCACACCGGAGGAGCAAGGUAUUCUUAGCAUUUGAGAGAGCGGGCAUUGUAGACCUCUGCGGAGGAAGAGGUCAUUUCGUGGGCAGUGUCGAGGAAGCUCUACGAUUAUCGGAAGCGGAAGACAUGGAGCGAUAUAUCGAGGAACGCGCCGAUCAUGAUUAUCGCAGAGAUACACAAUGGUAG